AAUGUGGGAUUUAAAAAGACGCAGCGAAGCUCCCGACGCCCAUUCUCCUGGCGACCGGUUCCCCACUCCACUCCUAGAAGAGAAAGGAGACGAAGACGAAGAAGACGAAGUAGAGAGAGAGAGAGAGAGAGAGAGAGAGAGAGAGAGAGAUGGGGAACAUUUUGAGCUACUUUUUCCCCAAGGAACCGCCUCCGCCCAUGGUUCUCGUCCCCCCGAUCUUCGAUUUCCCUCCUCUCGCGGCGCGAACUAGGAUGCUGGUUCCAGCUUAUGACCUACUAUUCGGAAAACUUGCAUUGCGAAACCUUUUUGAGGAAUACUUUGAGCAAGCUGGGCAUCUUAACACUAGGAUUAUGCUGAAGCCAUUGGAAGAUCCUCAUGUGGAUUUAAUUGCUACUGUUUUAGGUCCAUUAGAUCGAGCACAUGGAAAUGGUGUUGAAGGAAAUGCCUUGUUUCGCUGGCAAAGGGACUUGGAUGACCCACAUACAUUUAUGGACCUUCUUGUAUCAACUUCCAAACCCAUGCUGCGGUUGAGGUCAUGUGCUUAUUACCCUAGAUAUCGAUUUGGAGCAUUUGGUACGUUUCCAUUGUUGAUGCCAAAUAGGGUGCAUCCAGAAGAUUAUGGUGUCAUGGGCUUACGAUAUGGAUCAGAAAAUUUAUCUGUUGGAACUUCCUUCAUGCCAUUUCCUUUGUCUUCUCAGAUGCCCAUGUGUGCAUGGCUGGUCGCAAGAGCAGGAAGUUUAAGUGUUGGAAUGAAGUACCAACAACCUUAUGAAAGCAAGCGUCCCAUGUGCUUUAAGGACUUAAAGAAUUGGAGUUGUGCCAUUGGUUACGAAGUUGGUUCGAGCAGCCCUCUUUGUCCAUCAUUUAAUUUCGGCCUUGAGCUUGAUAAGACUUCACAGCUGAUUGCGUCUUUCUAUCAGCAUGUUGUUGUUCAAAGAAGGGUGAAUAAUCCAUUUGAAGACCAUCAAAUAGUUGGAAUCACAAAUUACAUUGACUUUGGUUUUGAGUUGACGACAAGGAUUGAUGGUGAUAAAUCACUUGGGAGUGCUGAUGAUUCCUCUUUUCAAUUAGCGGCAUCUUGGCAAGCUAAUAAAAACUUCUUACUGAAGGGAAAAAUGGGCCCCUCUAAGUCUUCUGUUGCUUUGGCAUUCAAGUCUUGGUGGAGACCUUCCUUUACAUUUAGUAUUACAGCUACUAGUGACCAUCAGAAUGGGACAAAAUCGUAUGGAUUUGGAAUUCGUGCUGAGGAUCUUAGAGAGCCCAGUUAUCAAAGGGCUGAUCCGAACUACGUGAUGCUGACACCAAACAAGGAGCAUUUGGCUGAAGGUGUUCAGUGGAGUUUCGGGAAGCGGCCUUUCUUCCAGUCGGAAAUAGACUCCGGCAAUUACGAUCACUUGCCGAGAGAUCUAAAACCUAUCGGAAAGAUCUUCUAAAUUCUAAUUCUCUCUUUAAGCUUCAUCCAUUUUGCCGCUCACGAAAGCUUCGAAUCUCUUUGGUCAAGAGAUGGAUUUCGAGAAUGCUUAUGAUACAAAUUUAUUUCUUUCUUCUUUUUUUUUUCUUUGCGAGGGGGCAAAGAGAGGCCAAAUUUUGCCUGUUUUGAAAUGUUAGAUUUUUUGCAGUUGGAUUAUCUUUUUUAUUACUUUGAAUUUUCAAGGGAAAAUGUUGCAAUUUUACUAUUUUUUGCAUAUGAGCUCCUUAACGUUCAAUAAUAAAAUAACCAGGUGUAGCAGCAUCA